AUGUCCAAGCUCUUUCGAAACGAAGCAAAGGGCGAGGUUAUUGAUUUGCGUAACCAACUCGACUCAAAUGAUGGCGAGACCAGGAAAAAGGCAGCCAAGCGUGUUGUCGCUCUCAUGAGAGCCGGCGAAAACGUUGGAAACUUAUUUUCAUCAAUGUUGAGGUGUGUCAAAACAGAUGACUUAGAGUUGAAACGAUUAACAUAUUUAUAUUUUGUUACAUAUGCCGAAGAGCAAUCAGAAGAAGCUAUUAUGGCAGUUAAUACUUUUAUACAAGAUUCAGAAGACAGAAAUCCAUUAGUUAGAGCAUUAGCAGUUAGAACGAUGAGUAGAAUUCGUAUAGAUACAAUUGCAGAACAUAUGAUUAUCCCAAUCAAACAAAGAUUAUCCGACAAAGAUCCUUUUGUACGAAAGACUGCCGUACUUGCAAUAGCUAAAUUAUUCGAAAUCAUCCCAGAAUCAGUCGAAAAUUCAGGUGUAUUCUCUAUAUUAAUCAAACUAUUAAAAGAUGAAAAUCCAUUGGUUGUUUCUAACUCUGCUGCCGCUAUUUGUGAAAUCAAUUCAAAGAGGUCAUCCCCUAUAUACGAAUUCAAUGAUGAUUUGACUCCUAUCAUCAACGCUAUUGUAGAUUCCGCCGAAUGGUGCCAAAUUACAUUACUCAAUGUUUUAUCGCAGUACGAACCUAAGAACCCUGAUGAGGCUCAAAUGCUCAUCCAGAGGUUCCUUUCGUUCCUCAAACAUGCAAAUCCUGCGGUAGUUAUCGGCGCUUUUAGAUGUAUUUUCAUUUUCAUGGAAUAUUCAACCAUGGACAUCAAAGAAUUGCUAUCUCAAAUAAUUCCACCGUUUAUUUCUUUGAUUUCAGGCUCAGAUCCUGAAAUACAGUUUAUUGUUUUACGAACUCUCAGUUUAUUCGUUCUCAAGUAUCCAAAGGCACUUACAAAAGAAAUCAGAAUAUUCUUCUGCAAAUACAAUGACCCUUCAUACAUCAAAAUCGAAAAAUUGGAUAUUAUGCUCAGCUUAGUCAACAGCAACAACGUUUCUCUCAUUAUUUCCGAAUUGUCAGAAUACUGCAACUCCAUUGAUGUAGAUUUUGUCCGUAAAUCCAUCAGAUGUCUCGGUCAAGUUGCAAUGAUGCGACCAGACGAUGCAUCUGCAUGCGUAGACAUACUAGUUAAGCUUGUAUCAGGCGAUGCUAUUUACGCUACUGAAGAAUCCAUUGUAGUUCUCUCAGAUUUGCUCAGAACUUACCCAGGAAGGUUCGAAUCCGCAAUUGAGAAGGUCUGCAAGAAUAUCGAAGGCGUAAAGGAUCCAAAGGCCAAAGCCGCCGUAGUCUGGAUCUUAGGUGAGUACUGUAACCUUAUUGAAAAUGUAGAUGUAAUCAUUGACACUUUUUUGGACAAUUUCGACUCGGAACCACCGGAAGUACAGCAUCAGCUGAUCUCAUCGUUCGUCAAGCUAUACUUACAGAGGCCUGACGAGACAAGAGAUCAACUCCAGUGGAUAUUAAACGAGGCUACGAAAGAAUCCGUAUUACCGGACGUCAGAAACAGAGCUAUAACCUACUGGCGACUCCUUUCAGCAGACAGCAAUGAUACUGCCAAGAAGAUAGUCAUAUUUAAUAAGAAACCAGUGCAAAUUCAUACAGAUAGAUACAAUGAAGAGAUAUUGAGCCAGUUCUUGCGCGGAAUCGGUACUGUAUCAGGUGUUCUUCGCAUCGCUACAACAGAUUUCAAGACAAUGAAGUACAUGCCGGAAGAUUUGAACGAAGAAGAGGAAAGAGACUUCACACAAGUAUAUUCUUCGAAUGGUUUCAUUGUUUCUCUCGAUUACGAUGAUAAUUUGUUGUACAUACAGCUGGAAAAUACUUCAGAUUCAGUUUUAUCUGAUUUUGCUUUGGCUCUUGAUAAGAACGCCUACGGAUUUACACUUAUAUCAACACCAAACUUCCCUGCAAAGCUUAAUCCUACAGAAAGAAUCGUUGCAAAGUGUUCAUAUUCUUUUGAUCAAAAUAAUCAUGGUCCGAAAGAGAAUUUGAGCUUUGCAAUGAAGACAUCCGCCGGUGUCAUCUAUUUCAACCACUUUACAGACACAAGAAGGAUGUUUAAGAGAGAAUUCAAGAUUAAAAAGAAAGAAUUCUUGGAAUUCUUCGCAAAAGGCGAGGAAGUCGUUGUUCCUUCGAAUAACGCACAAAUAAGACUCUGCGAAGACGAAGAAAUGAAGAGAAGAAAUAUCCAGAUCGUCGCAAGGAAAGAUGACGAAGUUUGCUUAGCCGUAAAGUUCGCUGGAUUCGUUUACGUCGUAGAUGUCGAUGUUACAAAGGAUGGUUUAGUUUUCUGCAUAAGAGGUGACAAAUCUUUCCUCAAUUUGAUGUCUAAGGCUGCUGUUUACACAUUUUGUGAAAUUUAA